CGAACAGGAAAGACGAGAGAAGCGCCUAAGAGAAACUACGUCAAAAUACUCGUUGAGAUUUCACGACUGGCUUCGCGCGUGACAACGAUAAAAUAAUAUGUUGGAACAACAUCAAUUGUUCCUGGUCACUCUAGGGAAAUGAUAGUUUGCUAUAAUAAUUAAUCGUCAUAUACAAAAACCUUAAUGCACAGCUGAAACAAACAAGGAUGUUUUCUAGCUCGAGCCUGAAAACGUUCCAAUUCAUCCCGCAAAGAACGUCAUUACUGAAAGCAGAAAAGAGAAAUAAAGCCGAACAGAAUCUACUGGACAAGAAACUCAAGUUUUUCGACUCAGAGCAGACGACUGUACAAAAGGAGUUGAUUGAAAUCAGGAAAGAAAAGUACUCCAGGAAUUUUUAUAAGUCAGCUCCUCACCUUCUAGACCAGAGACUGCAGCACUCGCGAUAUGUGGAUGUUGUCGUCUCGACAAGCAAAAAUGACGAUGAUGGUGACAAAAACAGCAGCCAUAGCGAAGUAAAACAGUGUAAAUCGCGUGUGACUAAGCAAGAAUCAAGAUCUGCGUUGAUAAGCGCAUCAGGAGUGGUACGCACAAUAUCUUCAAUGAAAAAUGCAGCUUCUUCGUCAAGCACUUCCUGGAAUCCUGGACAAGUAGUGCGCGUUAGUGUCCCCGAAGAACUUGAGGAAAAGAUUCAAACUAAAAAGCGUUUUGAUCAAAAAGCGGCUUAUUUAUCAAAACGAAGACAUUCAGUGCAUCUUGGUUCAGGAAUCGCCAAAAAUUUAUCCGCAUCCGAGUUUGAAGAAGAUGGUACUGAGGAUAGCGCCCCAUUGCCACAAUCUUCUAGUCAUCAGUUUGGGCGCCGAAUGUCCAUGCCAAGUCAAAUGUCCCUUGAGGGUCUUAAAGACUUGAUAAAAAAAUAUGAAGAGAGAUGCUGCAGUGCUAUAGAAGAAGAAGAAGAACUUAGUGAAGAAGAUUUUAUUGAAGAUGAGAUCGACGUCGACGAUCUCUACAUCAAAUCUGACACAUCUUCAAAUUCGACAGGGAAGAUUAACAAUGAUGAUACAGUUGAGCGACUUUCAAAUUCAGACUGCAUAAGUGAAGUAGGCGCGAUCGAUAACGUUUCGGAGAGAGAUCCCGACGAGAUUAGCGAUGUCGAUUCUGUUUCGUGUGAAGAUGACUUGGAAUGUGACGUGUUUACAGAACAUAACGCCGAGGCUGAGGAAAAUAGCGAGCAGAAAGAACAACCAGUCUGGAAGAUACUGGAAGAUAUACAUACUUUAAUACCCAAAGAAGCGCCUGAUGACAAUAAAAAAAGUCUGUUACCAAGCCCUCCAACAAAGCCCAAACGGCGAUUCCAACGAUCAAAAAGCAUUUCAACUGAUGACAGUAAAGCCAAAGAAAGAUCGUCGAAUUUUAUACAUCCCUCACUUCGUCGAAGAAAAAGCUGCAGUGUUGUCAACGAGACCAAUCAUGUUCCUGGUCAGACCAGGAAGGGUUCUUUAUCAGGUGUGAAAGUUACCAGUCAGCCUACAACGGCUUCCCCUCGAGGAAAAUCACUGUAUUUUGCUUUACGAAAAACGAAACCUUCUGUCAGCAAGGAUACUUUGAAGUCAGGAACGGACAAUCCAGUCAAUCGAAAAAAACCUGCCAAUCAAGAUAAACCACUUAUUCCAGACAUGAUGAAACCUGUUAGACCAGACAAACCCAUCCACCUAGACAAUGCCAUCCAUCCAGAAAAACCAGUCAAGGAAGAUAGCAUCAGCAGUCCCAAUAAAGAUGUACCAAAGAUCGAAGUGAGUUUAGCAGUUACAUCAAAAAGCGAGAAAAAAGAACAAGUUACUUCAAGUCAAUGUUUGAAAACAUCGACCAGGAGAUUGUCCAUGCCUUGUACGCAAACACUAACUUUACCAUUACAAAACCAUAAACUUGCUGCAACCUCAAGAUCCGUAGGAAAUCUUCCAAACGAACAAAAGGAUGAUCAUGAAAAUUUGCCGGAAAUCUCUCCGCCAAAACUGACAACAGUAGAUUUAAAACUUGACUUUCAACAAGAAGGGGAACAUUCGAAUUUCAAAUUACCAAAGAACAUAACCGAUCGACAGCAACGCAAUGGCAGGAAAAUCUCUAGGCCAGAUAGCGCACUGUCAUCAGUGGAAUCCAUCACUGAUCUGUCACUUUCUGAAGAAUCAGUUCUUCGUCAGGCAUACCGCAAGAGAAUUGAGAUCGAGGAGUCUGCAAAACGAAGAUUGAAACUAUCACAGUAUCAUUUUGGAGAUGCCAAGGUACACUUGCGCACUCGUAGCGUUCCUGCUAAAUCUCCAAUAUUUGGUCGUAAAGAUAUUACCAGGAAUUCCACGGCGUCUGGUAUUAAAUCUGAUGACUUAGCUUGUCAUUCCAGGAAGUGGAAAAUGUACAUGCGAAAAAAUAGUGAAGAACUGGAAGGAAUGCUGGAUAGUGUGUCUAAUGUUAGUGAAUGUAGAUACUUAAGGUGUGACGAAAUACUUUUUGUAAAUGGGAACAAAACCUAAAAUAACAGUCAGGAAGAAAGCAAGUUAACUAUGAAUAACCCAAAUCAUUUUUCUAUGGGAUUGUAUAUAAACUAUUUAUAGUGUAAACAUGUUAGGUGAGUUUGUGUAUCCUACAAUUACAGUGUGUUUUCUUGUCAUUUAUAAUGCUAUACCAUACAUUAUUUACUAA